UCAGGUGAAAUCCUGAAUGCACAUAUAUGCUCCUGCAGAGGUUCUCCCUGCCUUCCUGGGCAAGAGGGCAGGACUCCACCUCUGAUUGGCACUGUUCCCAGCCCUGCUUUAGUUCCCUGGCAACAGCUCUGCGUCUCUGCCUGAGGAUACACUAUGGCGGGCAGCAGUCCAGUGGCCAAGAGGGUAGUGGUGUACAGGAAUGGGGAUCCCUUCUACCCAGGCCAUCAACUGGUGGUGACUCAGCACCGCUUCCCCACCCUGGAGACAUUCCUCCGUGAGGUGACAUCGGCCGUGCAGGCCCCACUGGCUGUGCGUGCCCUCUACACACCCUGUCACGGCCACCCUGUCACCGACCUGGCAGACCUGCAGAAUGGAGGGUGGUAUGUGGCUGCUGGCUUUGAACGAUUCCGCAAGCUAAACUAUUUACCCCCUGGAGGGACGGAUAGCAGGCUACCAGGUCCCCCAGUGACUCGUCACCUAUGUGAUGGAGCCCUUGGAAGGUGGCUGCCUGCAGGUGCCCCCUGCUAUAUCCAUGUGUUCAGGAAUGGGGAUCUGUUAAGCCCCCCAUUUAGCCUGAAGGUAUCCUGGGCUGCCAGCCAGGACUGGGAAACAGUGUUGAAGCUCCUGACCGAAAAGGCCAAGUUGCCGAGUGGGGCUGUAUGCAAACUCUGCACCCUAGAGGGGUUCCCACUGUCAGCAGGGGAGGCUCUGGUGAGUGGCUGUUACUAUGUGGCUGUUGGAGAGGAUGAGUUCAAGGCCCUGCCCUAUCUGGAGCUGCUGGUGCCCAGCCCCUCACUGCCCAGGGGCUGCUGGCAUCCCCCAGGCCCAAAGUCUAGGUGCCACAGGCAGGCGACCCAUGGCCACGGGGCACAGGCCACCCAGCCCUCUCCAAAGGAACCAAGCCAAGUUGAGCCAUCUGCUUUCUAUGCCAGACCCCGGCAGGCCAUUCAGCCAAGAAGCAAGCUUCCCGCUCUCUCAUUUCUAUCAGGGACUGGGCAUGUGACAAGCAGCACAUGGAGAGGGCAAUGCUUAACCCAAAGGGAUGAGACUCCAGGGGAGUCAAGUAAGUACACAAGGCUCCCCAUCCAAGGACAGAGACAGCAGGGGCCCGGGAAGUAGCUGAUGAUGAAGACACCUGGACAGAGAGGUCCUUGGAUCAGAGGUCAGUGCAGACAAUGGAAGAGGCCCUGUUCCUGGGAAACGACCAGCCUGGGGCUGGAGCAGCCUCAGCCCCUGCUCCAGCAUCUUGAGAGCCAGCAAUUCCAGCCAGAAACUGGGGACCAGUACUCUGCAGCUACCUUUUGUCCUCAGCCUCCAGCAGCCUGAUCCCAACGAGCUAUGCCUCCCCUAGCUCACAGGGUAGCCUGUGGCCUCCUCAGCCCUUCCCCACUGCUGUAUAUCUAAGCCCACAGUCCAGUGUCCCCUUCCUCUCUGAGCAGAGCAGUCCUAGCUGCAAGGCCAUUUCCUUUUGGGGUUCUCUGGCCAGCGAAAGACCAGACCGAGAAUGAGAGGCUACAAACUUGGAAGCGGGCUUGUCAUAAUAAAAGAAUACAUA